AUGGCUAAUCCUUCAAAGUUAUACACUUGUUUUGUUCUUCUCACUUUCCUCUCCAGCUCCAUAUUCACCAGUUCUGUAUUGUGUGAUGAAGCGACUCAAGCGUUGAUCGACAAAAUCUGUCGACGGAUGGAAGAAUAUGCAUUUUGCAACGAUGCUUUCCAGCAAAACUUGAAGGGUUCAACCGCCAAUAUCACCGCACUGACGCAGAUUGCCGUCGAGCAAACUCUGAGUAGUGCAAGUGAUACUCAUGAAUUUAUCGUCGGACUCCUCAAGAACGCGACUGACCCGGCAGAGAAGAAUGCUCUCAUAACUUGCGAAAAUGCUUAUAACAACGUGAUAACGUUUUUCCAACAAGCGACGACGGCGUUUAACCAGGAGGAUUAUAAGAGUAUGUUGCAGGCGGAACAACCGGCACCUAGAGCACAAGCUAGUUGCACUACUAUUUUCAACACCCCGCCGAAUCCUCCUAAUCCCGUCGGAGAACGAAAUACGCAUACUAGAAUCUUGAUUGCUAUGUCCGUAGUUGCUGGAACUGAACUUACCUCUGGAAUGUCUUAA